AUGCCACCACGCACCUACUCCAAACCCUUCGUGCCUCUAGAAUCUAACCCCUCGAUCUUCACCUCGCUAGCUCACAACCUCGGCGCUUCUUCCUCUCUCACAUUCACAGAAGUAUAUUCGCUAGACGUUACACCCAAUAAUGGACAAGUGCUAGCUUACAUACUCGCAUUCCCUACAUCUGAAAAUUACGAUGAUGAGAGGGCUGCUGAUAGUGAUGGUAAAGAGGAAGGUAGUAAGGAGGAAGAAAGAGAGACAGAUGUGGUCUGGUUGCGUCAAACCAUACACAAUGCUUGCGGGCUAUAUGCUUUGUUGCAUGCGGUUUGUAAUGGUAGAGCUAGGGGUUUGAUCAAGUCUGACUCUGUCUUAGAUCAACUGAUCAACAAGCUAGCGAACCAACAAUCGCACGUUUUAGACAUAAGUUCAGAGCUCGAACAACUCUAUGCAGAAGCUGUUGACCAGGGCGAUACUCUACUGCCCGAGAAUGGAGUCGAGGUGGAUUGGCAUUACACUUGCUUCGUCGCGUCAGAAAAGCACAAGCUGUACGAGUUGGAUGGAGACAGAUGGGGACCUCUUUGCCAUGCAGAUCUGGACUCUCAUCUUUCGGACUUUGACACCAAGGCAAUUGGUCUGAUCAAANAAUACUUUGAUCGUGCAGAGGAGGGAAAGGAAGUUCAAUUCAGCGUUAUGGCUCUCGUAAAUAAAUCUUCUGUACUUUGA